GCAUACAUAGCGUUUUCGGCGUUCAUUUUUCUGCAAACAUUCGCUACUUUUAAUAAAAACCUUAAAUAUGAAAAUGGACGUAGAUGUUGUACUUAGUGCGUCUGGCAUCGAGCUUACCGAAGCUGAAAAUGAGCUGUACGACAGACAGAUUCGACUUUGGGGAUUGGAAUCACAAAAGCGACUGCGCACAGCUAAAAUACUCAUUUCUGGAUUGAAUGGUCUUGGUGCUGAGAUUACCAAGAAUAUAAUACUGUCCGGUGUUAAUUCGGUCAAACUGCACGAUGACCAGAUAGUCACUGAAGCCGACUUCUGUUCACAAUUCCUCGCUGCGCGUGAUUCAUUGGGGUCCAAUCGUGCUGAGGCAUCGCUGGAGCGCGCACGUGCACUCAAUCCCAUGGUGGACAUAUCUGCUGAUACACAGCUUCUUAAAGAUCGGGACUCGGACUUCUUCAAACAGUUUGAUGUCGUGGUCAUAAAUGGCGAAAAUAAUAAUGAAUUGCAGCGCAUUGACACCAUAUGUCGCAAGAUCGGCGUCAAGUUCUUCGCCACCGAUGUUUGGGGCAUGUUUGGCUUUCACUUUGCUAGUCUACAAAAGCACUGCUAUGUUGAGGACGUCUUCAAGUACAAGGUUGUUUCGAAGCCAAAUGAAAAGGUUAAAUGCGAAACUGUCGCUACACCUGUGCAACGCGAUGUGGAAUAUCCAGAGUACGCAGUUUGGCUCAACUUUGAUAUCAAUGCUCAAAAAUAUCAGCGCAAAUUGAAGCGUGAUGGACCCGGCAUUAUAUUGCUGCGAGUGCUACAGACUUUCCGCAGCACAUAUAACCGCGACCCCAGUUACAAAACUAGACAGACAGACAUAGAACUGCUGCAGAAGAUUCGCGAUGAAGUGAUGCCCAACUCUGCAUUGUCCGAUGAAGCAUUUGAGUUGGUUUUUGCACAAAUAUCUCCAGCGGUUGCAGUUGUUGGCGGCGUCGUUGCCCAAGAGGUUAUUAAAGUAGUGACCAAAAUGGAAGCUCCCCAUCGAAAUCUUUUUAUAUUCAAUCCUGAGACCUGCAUGGGUUAUGUGGAAACCCUUGGCUGCAAUUGAGCGAACGAAUCGAUUCCAAUAUGCAUUAGUUUCUAUAAAUUUUAACAUUUUAUAAAAAAUCUUCUAACAAGAAAAACACAUUAUUUUUAAUGU